AAGGGGACGUGACGUGAUUAAGCGAGAUGACGUACCCGGCGUGAAAGGCGGCGAGACGUAAUGGGACGUAACCAAAAUGGCCGCGCGCAUGAGUUUCUCCUCGGUACAGAGUGGAAGGGUCCGCGUUCAGGGAAACGUUCGGGUUAUCCGGUUCCUGCAAGUCAUCCGGGGCCCGGUCCGGAUUCCAGGCUAAACAUGGUGGUGAUGAGUAGCCUGAGGGUCGUUCUUCAAGCCUCUCCAUGCAAGUCACUGUGGAGAAGAUUCCAGACCCCCAGGUUCGUGCCAGCGAGGCCCUGCAGCCUCUACACCUGCACAUACAAAAGCCGGAACCGAGCCCUGCACCCGCUGUGGGAGACCGUGGACCUGGUCCCGGGGGGCGAGCGCCAGUCGCCCAUCAACAUCCGCUGGAGGGACAGCGUCUAUGAUCCUGGCUUAAAACCGCUCACCAUCUCUUACGACCCGACCACCUGCCUCCACGUCUGGAAUAACGGGUACUCUUUCCUGGUGGAAUUUGAAGAUUCUACAGAUAAGUCAGAGGAAGUGAAGCUCCCUGAAGUUCACUGCUUUUGCCAGGUCACACAGCUGACUGCUGGAGAACUGAUGGAAAAUCAGCAGACCACACUCUGUGCAAGGCCUCUGAGCUCCUGGAGACUUCAGCAGGUGCCGGCCUCCUGCAAGGGCUGGAGGUAGAGUGUUUCCUGGGCGCCCCAGAUUUGUUUUCAUCAGCUGCACACCAUGAAGAGCUGCAGAAAUUCGUGGAUACUGUGCCGUCAGUUAAGCAUAAGGACACCCUUGUGGAAUUUGGGUCAUUUGAUCCUUCCUGCCUGAUGCCUGCCUGCCCAGAUUACUGGACCUACUCGGGGUCCCUGACUACCCCCCCACUCUCCGAGUCCGUCACCUGGAUCAUUAAGAAGCAGCCCGUAGAGGUUGAUCACGAUCAGUUUGGACAUCAAUUUGGAGAUACUUCAAAUUAACCAGAGACAGGCGUUAAGACCUAGAAGAACAUAAGCUUUUUGCUUUCAUUUUUGACAGUAAUGUGUAUUUUGCUAUAUAUGCAUGGUAUAGAAUUGCUAUAAAAAUUAAGAUCUUUAAAUGGAAAAAAAGAAGGCUGGAAAUGGAUGUGUUCGAACCAGUUUGAUAUUUAUUUAUUAUUGAAGUACUGUUGAUACGUAGUGUUACAUUAGUUGCAUGUGUACAACAUGGCGAUUUGACAACCCGGUAUGUUAUGCUGUGCUUACAAGCGUAGUUCCCAUCUGUCACUGGACCAUACAAGUCUGGUACAAACCCACUGACAGUUUUCCCUGUGCUUUUUACCUUUCAUCCCCAUGACUUACUAAUUUCAGUACUGGAAGCCUUGUACCUCCUACUCCCCUUCACCCAUUUUCUCCUUCUAAUCCACCCCCUCCGCAAUAUUCCCCUUUCCUCUGCCAACUGUCAUACAGAGUUUGUUCUCUGUAUUUGUGUAAAAAGCCUUAAUUUUCUUAAGAGAUACUUAUGUGGAAUUUCAAGGUAAGGACAGAGCCCAACAAUGUCUACACAGAAAUUUUAUUCUAAGUCAGAAGUUUUGACUUUGAAGUUUCGGUAUUUGCUUUGCAUUUAGAAAUGAAAGGUUAAGUGGUGGUUACUAUGUCAACACACAGAACGUUUAAUUCAUAAAUGAACUAAACUGUAAUAAUAAUUGCUUUCACUUGUUUGCUUUGAAAUUUUAUUGAUUAAAAAUUUUUUCCAAAGACAAAAGCUUCU